CAUGAGGCUCCAGUGUUGACAGGCCGCCUCCAGGCAGGCAGGCAGGCAGGCAGCAGGCAGCGAGGCCCGGCCUUGGCGAGCGAGCGCACCGCGGAGACAAAAGCGUCUCUCCUCGCCCCUCCUCGUCAUUUUCAGUCGACGCCCACCGGGGGAGAAGCGGCAAUUAUAACCCCCUCCCGUUCCAAAGCGUUUUAAUUCGGCGGCCGUGCGGGAAUUCCGCCUGUGGUCCGCAUUUAGCACGGAGCUAACCGGAGCGACCCGCCUCCUCUUCAUUUGUCAACAAAGGGGUUUGACAAGCCCGCGGAGGCCCUUCCCCCACGCCGCCAUAUAAGGAUGAUUUGCCGCGGCUAGCGACGUUCUCGCUUCCCCGUCCUGCGUCGACUUCGUCCGGAGCGAAACAUGGCGGAGCGCGGGGCACAGCAGCCCCCUGCCAAGCGUCUCUGCUGCCGGCCGGGCUACGGCUCGACGUGUCGGCAAGGCCAGCGCGCCGGAGCUCCGGCGGGCGGCCACGGCGAGUCGUCGCCGGGCAAAACCCACAACCCCGAGUCGCUGCUGGACAUCGCGGCGAGGCGAGUGGCGGAAAAGUGGCCCUUCCAGCGGGUGGAGGAGCGCUUCGAGCGGAUCCCGGAGCCCGUCCAGAGGCGGAUCGUGUACUGGUCCUUCCCGAGGAGCGAGCGGGAGAUCUGCAUGUACUCGUCGUUCGGCAGCGGCGGGGCGGAGGAGCUCGCCGGCGGCCCGGAGAGCGGCGACGAGACGCGGCUGCCCUUCCGCCGCGGCGUCGCUCUGCUGGAGGGCGGCUGCGUGGACAACGUCCUGCAAGUGGGUUUCCACCUGAGCGGCACGGUGCGCGAGCCGGCCACGUCGUCGGAGGCGGAGGCGCAGUGCAGCGUGAGCAUCAGCUUCGACCGCUGCAAGAUCACGGCGGUGACGUGCGGCUGCGGCAACAAGGACAUCUUCUACUGCGCCCACGUGGUGGCGCUCUCGCUCUACCGGGUGCGCAGCCCCGAGCUGGUCAAGCUGCGCCUGCCCAUCUCCGAGACGCUCUUCCAGAUGAACCGGGACCAGCUGCAGAAGUUGGUGCAGUACCUGAUCACCGUGCACCACACCGAGGUGCUGCCCACCGCCCAGAAGCUGGCCGACGAGAUCCUGUCCCAGAACUCCCAGAUCAACCAAGUCCACGGCGCUCCUGAUCCGACGGCCGGGGCCAGCGUGGACGACGAGAACUGCUGGCAUCUGGACGAGGAGCAAGUCCAGGAGCAGGUCAAGCUCUUCCUGUCCCAGGGGGGCUACCACGGCUCGGGCAAGCAGCUCAACCUGCUCUUCAGCAAGGUGAGAGAGAUGCUGAAGAUGAGGGACUCCAACGGCGCCCGCAUGUUGACGCUGAUCACCGAGCAGUUCAUGGGGGACCCCCGACUGGCGCUGUGGAGACAACAGGGGACCACCAUGACCGACAAGUACAGGCAGCUGUGGGAUGAACUCGGGGCGCUGUGGAUGUGCAUCGUGCUCAACCCCCACUGCAAGGCGGAGCAGAAGGCCUCGUGGCUGCGGCAGCUUCGCCGCUGGAAUGGCGUGGACGUGUGCCCCCUGGAGGACGGCAACCACGGCGGCGAGCUGACCCACCUGACCAACGCUCUGCCCCACGCCGGCAGCCGAGAUCCGCUGAGUCGUGCCCAGCGCACGGUCUUCACGCGAGCCAUCGAGGCCUGCGACCUCCACUGGCAGGACCCCCACCUGCAGCACAUCCUCACCGAGGAGCGUUACGCCGGCCGCUGUUACCGCGACGACCUGGGCGCCGCCCUCUUCGACGGGCGCGGGUGGCCCCUGUGGCACGAGCACGUACCCACGGCGUGCGCACGGGUGGACGCGCUGAGGUCACACGGGUACCCCAAGCAGGCGCUGCGGCUGGCGGUGGCCGUGGUCAACACGCUGAGGAGGCAGCAGCACAAACAGCUGGACGUCUUUCGCAGCCACAAAAAAGAGGUCCUCCACAAGGGUGUGACAUCAAUCACCAACAUGGAAGGCUGGGUGGGACAUCCCCUGGACCCCAUUGGUACUCUCUUCACUACUCUGACUGACACGGGACACACCUGUGAGGACACCUCUCUCAGCAUCUCAGGCCCGCCAGGUGCAGGCAGGCGGGCGGAGACGGGAGGCUCCGCCCACCACCUCCUGGACGAGGCGGAGACGCUGACGGCGCUGGCGGUGGAGACGGCGCUGAUGGGUCUGGGCCAGCAGAGGGCGAUGCCAGAGGGUCUGUACGCGCAGGAGAAGGUGUGUCGCCACGAGGAGCAGCUGCUGGCCAAGCUGCAGCAGGUGGACCUGGACCAGGACCAGACCCUGGUCCAGGUCUUCCGCAAGCAAGCGCUCGUCCUGCUGGAGGCGGGCCCUUACAGUGGUCUGGGUGAGCUGCUGUACAGGGAGAGCGUGCCCAUGCACACCUUCGCCAAGUACCUCUUCACCUCGCUGCUACCUCACGACGCCCAGCUGGCCUACAAGAUUGCCCUGAGGGCCAUCAGGCUGCCCGUCCUGGAGUCGGGUGUGGCGUGUGGCGACCUGUCACGCUCACACCACAUGGUGUCGGUGGUGGCCAAUCGCUACCCUCGCUGGUUCACCCUCAGCCACAUCGAGUCCCAGCAGUGUGAGCUGGCAUCCACCAUGCUGACUGCUGCCAAGGGUGAUUGUGUGAAGCUGCAGACGGUGUUAGAGUCCAUCCAGAAGAACAUCCACUCCUCCUCUCACAUCUUCAAGCUGGCCCAGGACGCCUUCAAGAUCGCCACCAUGAUGGACAAUCUGCCCGACCUCACGCUGCUCAAAGUCUCGCUGGAGUUGGGUCUGCAGGUGAUGAGGAUGACUCUGUCCACCCUCAACUGGCGCAGGAGAGAGAUGGUGCGCUGGCUGGUCACCUGUGCCACCGAAGUGGGCGUGUUUGCGCUGGACAGCAUCAUGCAGAGCUGGUUCGCCCUGUUCACGCCGACGGAGGCGACCAGCGUGGUGGCGAGCAGCGUGAUGUCCAACGCCACGGUGCUGCGGCUGCACCUGGACUCUCACCAGCAGGACAAGUUGGCCAACUCCGCUCGCACGCUGGCGCUGCAGUGCGCCAUGAAGGACCCGCAGAACUGCGCCCUGUCGGCGCUCACGCUGUGCGAGAAAGACCACGUGGCCUUCGAGACGGCCUACCAGAUCGUGCUGGACGCCGCCGCCGCCGCCACGGGCAUGAACUACACGCAGCUGUUCACCAUCGCUCGCUACAUGGAGCACCGCGGCUACCCGGUGCGCGCGUACAAGCUGGCCACCUCCGCCAUGGCGCACCUCAACCUCAGCUACAACCAGGACACGCACCCCGCCAUCAACGACGUGCUGUGGGCGUGCGCCCUCAGCCACUCGCUGGGCAAGAGCGAGCUGGCCGCCGUCAUCCCCCUGGUGGUGAAGAGCGUCAAGUGCGCCACCGUGCUGUCCGACAUCUUGCGGCGCUGCACGCUGACCACGCCCGGCGCCGUGGCCGCGCCGCACGGCCGCAGGAACUCCGCCCACAAGAUGAUGGCGCUGGACAAGGCGCCGCUGCGGCAGCUGCUGGACGCCACCGUGGGCGCCUACAUCAACACCACGCACUCGCGCCUCACGCACAUCAGCCCGCGCCACUACGGCGAGUUCAUCGAGUUCCUCAGCAAGGCGCGAGAGACUUUCCUGAUGGCGCCCGACGGACACGUGCAGUUCUCGCAGUUCAUCGACAACCUCAAGCAGAUCUACAAGGGCAAGAAGAAACUCAUGAUGCUCGUCAGAGAACGCUUUGGAUGACUUUUACUUCAACACACACCUCAAGUCUUAGUCCUGGCCUGGCCCCGCCUCCUAACUCCUAGCCCCGCCUCCUUCCUUACUCCUAGCCCCGCCUCCGCGCUCCUUGGCCUUCUCUGGUACGUCCACACUGCACACACCAAAGAUGGAGACCGCUGUGAGUGAGUGAGUGAGUGAGUGAAAGAGUGAAAAGAGUGACUGAGUCAGAAGAGUGAGGUGAGAUGAGUGAGUGAAAGAUUGUGUAAAAAGAGUGAAAGGAGUGAGACGAGAAGUGAGUGAUUGAGUGAGAGCAACUGAGAAGAGUGAGGGAGAUGAGUGAACGAAGGACUGGGCAAGAAGAGUGAGUGAAAGGAAGAGUGAGCGAGUGAAAAGAGUGACUGAGUCAGAAGAGUGAGUGAGUGAAAGAUUGUGUAAAAAGAGUGAGACGAGAAGUGAGUGAUUGAGUGAGAGCAACUGAGAAGAGUGAGGGAGAUGAGUGAGUGAAAGAAAGAGUGACUGAGUCAGAAGAGUGAGUGAGUGAAAGAUUGUGUAAAAAGAGUGAGACGAGAAGUGAGUGAUUGAGUGAGAGCAACUAAGAAGAGUGAGGGAGAUGAGUGAAUGAAGGACUGAGCAAGAAGAGUGAGUGAGCGAGUGAAAAGAGUGACUGAGUCAGAAGAGUGAGUGAGUGAAAGAUUGUGUAAAAAGAGUGAGAUGAGAAGUGAGUGAUUGAGUGAGAGCAACUAAGAAGAGUGAGGGAGAUGAGUGAACGAAGGACUGGGCAAGAAGAGUGAGUGAAAGGAAGAGUGAGCGAGUGAAAAGAGUGACUGAGUCAGAAGAGUGAGUGAGUGAAAGAUUGUGUAAAAAGAGUGAGACGAGAAGUGAGUGAUUGAGUGAGAGCAACUGAGAAGAGUGAGGGAGAUGAGUGAGUGAAAGAAAGAGUGACUGAGUCAGAAGAGUGAGUGAGUGAAAGAUUGUGUAAAAAGAGUGAGACGAGAAGUGAGUGAUUGAGUGAGAGCAACUAAGAAGAGUGAGGGAGAUGAGUGAAUGAAGGACUGAGCAAGAAGAGUGAGUGAGCGAGUGAAAAGAGUGACUGAGUCAGAAGAGUGAGUGAGUGAAAGAUUGUGUAAAAAGAGUGAGAUGAGAAGUGAGUGAUUGAGUGAGAGCAACUAAGAAGAGUGAGGGAGAUGAGUGAGUGAAAGAAAGAGUGAGCGAGUGAAAAGAGUGACUGAGUCAGAAGAGUGAGUGAGUGAAAGAUUGUGUAUAAAGAGUGAGACGAGAAGUGAGUGAUUGUUUGAGAGCAACUGAGAAGAGUGAGGGAGAUGAGUGAGUGAAAGAAAGAGUGAGCGAGUGAAAAGAGUGAGUGAGUGAAAGAUUGUGUAAAAAGAGUGAGACGAGAAGUGAGUGAUUGAGUGAGAGCAACUAAGAAGAGUGAGGGAGAUGAGUGAAUGAAGGACUGAGCAAGAAGAGUGAGUGAAAGAAAGAGUGAGCAAGUGAAACGAGUGACUGAGUCAGAAGAGUGAGUGAGUGAAAGAUUGUGUAUAAAGAGUGAGACGAGAAGUGAGUGAUUGAGUGAGAGCAACUGAGAAGAGUGAGGGAGAUGAGUGAACGAAGGACUGGGCAAGAAGAGUGAGUGAAAGAAAGAGUGAGCGGGUGAAAAGAGUGACUGAGUCAGAAGAGUGAGUGAGUGAAAGAUUGUGUAAAAAGAGUGAGACGAGAAGUGAGUGAUUGAGUGAGAGCAACUGAGAAGAGUGAGGGAGAUGAGUGAGUGAAAGAAAGAGUGAGCGAGUGAAAAGAGUGACUGAGUCAGAAGAGUGAGUGAGUGAAAGAUUGUGUAAAAAGAGUGAGACGAGAAGUGAGUGAUUGAGUGAGAGCAACUAAGAAGAGUGAGGGAGAUGAGUGAACGAAGGACUGAGCAAGAAGAGUGGGUGAAAGAAAGAGUGAGCGAGUGAAAAGAGUGACUGAGUCAGAAGAGUGAGUGAGUGAAAGAUUGUGUAUAAAGAGUGAGACGAGAAGUGAGUGAUUGAGUGAGAGCAACUAAGAAGAGUGAGGGAGAUGAGUGAGUGAAAGAAAGAGUGACUGAGUCAGAAGAGUGAGUGAGUGAAAGAUUGUGUAAAAAGAGUGAGACGAGAAGUGAGUGAUUGAGUGAGAGCAACUGAGAAGAGCGAGUGGGAUGAGUGAAUGAAGGGUUGAGCGGGAUUGAAAGAGUGAGUGAAAUUACUGAGGUGAGUGAAAGAGUGAGUUAGUCAGCGAGCGCAAAGAGUGACUGGGUCAGAAGAGCGAGUGAGGUGAGUGAGUGAAAGAUUGUGUGAAAAGAGUGAGAGUGAUUGAGUGAGAGCAACUAAGAAGGGUGAGGGAGAUGAGUGAAUGAAGGACGGAGCGAGAAGAGUGAGUGAGAUUGAAAGAGUGAGUGAGUGAGUGAGUGAGUAAGAAAAGCAGGUGAGUGAAUGAAAGAAUGAGCAAAUGAAGGAUUGAGUGAGUGAAAGAUGAAGAAGAGUGUGAAUGAGUAAGAAAAGUGGCUGAGUGAAUGAGCAAAUGACAGAUUGCGUAAGAAGAGUGAAAAGAGUGACUGAGUCUAAAGUGUGUUGAGUGAGUGAGUGAAAGAUUAAGAAGAGUGAAUGGGUAAAAAGAGUGAGUGGAGGAGUGAGUGAGUGAGUGAGUAAGAAGAGUGAGUGAAAGAUUGAGUAAGAAGACUGAGUGUGAAUGAGUUGAGGAGUGAGUAAGAAGAGUGAGUGAGUGAGAGUGAACGAUUAAGAAGAGUAAGAAAAGCGGCUGAGUGAAUGAGCAAAUGAAAGAUUGCGUAAGAAGAGUGAAAAGAGGGAGUCAAAAGUGAGUCGAGUGAGUGAAAGAUUAAGAAGAGUGAGUGAGUAAAAAGAGUGAGUGAAGAGUGAGUUGAGGAGUGAUGAGUGAAAGAUUGAGUAAGAAGAGUGAGUGAAUGAGUUGAGGAGUGAGUAAGAAGAGUGAGUGAAUGAGUUGAGGAGUGAGUAAGAAGAGUGAGUGAGUGAAGAGUGAGUGAAGAGUGAGUGAAGAGUGAGUUGAGGAGUGAUGAGUGAAAGAUUGAGUAAGAAGAGUGAAAAGAGUGACUGAGUCAAAAGUGCGUUGAGUGAGUGAAAAGAGUCAGUGAGUGAAAGAUUAAGAAGAGUGAGUGAGUGAGUGAGUAAAAAGAGUGAGUGGAGGAGUGAGUGAAGAGUGAUAAGUGAAAGAUUGAGGAAGAAGAUUGAGUGAGUGAGGGAAAGAUUGAGUAAGAAGAGUGAGUGUGAAUGAGUUGAGGAGUGAGUGAGUGAAGAGUGAGUUGAGGAGUGAAAGAUUGAGUAAGAGUGAGUAAAAAGAGUGAGUUGAGGAGUGAUAAGUGAAAGAUUGAGUAAGAAAAGUGAGUGAGAAUAAUUUAGCUUUUUGCUGGAUUAAAAAAAAGUUGAGGAAAUGAAAGUAAAAGUAUUUCUGCAGCAAAGAGAAUAUUGGAGUCACAUGACCAAGUCACCUGCUCUUUGGUCACAUGACCAAGUCACCUGCUCUUUGGUCACAUGACCAAGUGUCAGUCGGACUGAGCGCGCUCAGACAAGAUGGAGGACCAAAAAGAGUUUUGCCACUAAACACCUUUUUCACCUGUCUACUAUCAAAGUGUCACACACACACACACACACACACACACACACACACACACACACACACACACACACACACACACACACACACACACACACACACACACACACACA